AUGAGCAUUACAGAGCUUGAACAGCGCUGCAACGCCCUCCGGAACGAUCUCAAAGCCUGGGAGAAACAAUUUGCUGCGCAACAUAAUGGCAAGAAAGCUGGACGCGAGGAUAUCAAGGCGGACGUGGUGAUUUCACAAAAGUACAAGGAGUACAGCAAGUUACGAGCUCAGCCGGCUACAAAAUCAGCCCCUCAGACACCAUCAAAACGACCAGCGAGCCGCAAGCAGAUUUCCAAUGUUGAACGAACGCACGAAGCACCACCGACAGCGUCAGAGCUUACUCCUCUCAAGCGCAAAAGGAGAGAAGAGUCAGCCACACAGGAAGCAGAUGCAGCAUCUGAGUACUUGUCACCACAAGGACCUGCAUUCAUUGGACCUACCCCGCAACGAGACGGUAUCGUGCUAGGUCUCUUCGACAACCUCAACGCAGAGACUCCAAGCAAGCGCCGUAUAAUAUUCGGUGAAAUCGAGCCCAAUGUGUUUCAGACGCCGACAAAGAAGGACACAGAAGCAGCGAGUGAAGCAUCUUCGGCGUCAAGAAUAAGAGGGGAGCGGACGCCGCUCUCAAUCACAAAGAGGAACUUGUUCAACCAGUUCGUCACACCAAAGAAGAGGAAGCUUGAUGAGGAAGGUACACCAAAUUCUACACUGAGAGGUCUAGCUACGCCGGCGUUUCUGAGGAGAGACAAUGCGCUGGACAGAAUUGAGGAGUCGGACGAGACAACACCGAGGCCUGCGCCAUGGAAGAGGAGAGGCACAGUGAGAAGUCUCAGCGCUAUGAUCCAGAAUAUGCGGAAAGACGAGGACGACAGGCUAGACGAGGAGGCUGACAUCAUGCGCGAGUUGGAGAUGGAAGAAGAGGGCAUAUGCGCACCCUCUAAAUCUCGAUUAUCAGAGGUGCAGGUCAAUGAUAGCCAGAUGGAGAUGCCGCUCGGUGUUGAUCGCGGAGAAUCAGAGGACGAAGAAUCAGAAGAGGAAGAGCUUGGCCGAGAUGGCCAACCAAGGAAGGUGUGGAAGAAGAAAGGGUUGAAAAGACAGACAAGACGCACAAAUAUGCGACCCAAUAUCGUCAAGCCGAACCCCGUACCAGAAUUCCAGCACAACAACGAAGAGGACACUCCGGCAUCCGUGCCAGAGACGCAAGCCCAGGCAGAUGCGGAACCUGCACUCUCUGACAACGAGGACGAUUCCGACUACGCGAGCGAUAUUUCUCACUCAGCGAAGAAGCGUAAAGCGCCAGCGAAGCAAGCAGCUAAGCCCGCUGAGAAGAAGGAGGGUGUGGUGGAGAAAGUUAAGAGAAAAAUCUCCGCUAAUGCACACGCGAACUAUCAAAGACUCAAGAUCAGGGGUAAAGAUAGGAAUGGUAAGAAACCUGGGGGCAGAUUUGGUUACAGUUUGUCGUAUGCCCAUGUGGAGGUGUUUGGCGGUACAUCAUCGGGUCAUAGCGUCAGCGCUCUAGCUCCGCCGCCUCAGCUUCCACCGCCCGCUGUAACAAACACGGCGACAUCUCCAAGCUCACGACACGCCACAUCGCCCAUUUACGCAGCCGUAAUUCCUUCACCUCCACCCGUCAGACAACCACGAACACUUCCCGUCACCAUGGCCGAGAAAGAACUGCACUCCGCGCUCCAGCAUCUCCACCAGUCGCUUCAGUCGAAGAACUACCAGCAUGCCACAACACUGCUCUCAAAGGCCAAGAUGGCCCUCCUGCAGCUCAAUGCCCUCAUCCCACAAGAAAAGACACCGAAGAAGCAGCUCCAAGCCGCGCGCGAAACACUCGAGCUCGGCGCCAUCAUCUCCAUCCGCCUCAAAGACACCGUCUCCUUCACACGCUACUUCCAGCAGCUGCAGCCCUUCUACUCCCUGCCUGUGUCCUCUCUACCAAAAGACGGCAGCCAGGCCAGCAAAGUCACAGGUCUGUACCUGUUGCUUCUGCUGAGUGAGGGCGACUACGCUGGGUUCCACACACUGCUCGAGACACUGGAGGUGGCGGCGGCGCAGGAGGGCAAGGGCCUUGAGGACGACCAGUUCGUUCAGUAUCCGAUAAGGCUUGAGCAAGCGCUUAUGGAGGGAAGCUAUGACAGGGUGUGGGGCGAGACGAAGGGCGAGAGGGUGCCAAGCGAGGAGUUUGGGAUGUUCUCAGAGAUCCUCAUCGGCACAAUCCGCAAGGAGAUCGCCUCAUGCAGCGAGCGCGCAUACCCCUCGAUUCCUGUCUCCGACGCCAAAUCCCUGUUGUUCCUCGACUCAGAAGGUAGCGUCGUCGACUUUGCGCGCGAGUCUGGUUGGGUCGUCAAGGACGGCAGGAUAUAUUUCCCUCAGCAGGAGGACGACUACCAGAGCAAGGACAUCUUGGUCACUAGCGAUCAGGUCAUCGAGAAUACCUUAGGGUACGCUAGGGAGUUGGAGAUGAUCGUGUAG